AUCUGCGUAAUUGCGCCUGCAAAACUUCCUGUUAUUAUCGGCCAAAGAGAGUUUUCAUAUCUCUAAUUAAAAACAUGUGUUUAUGCAGAAAACCAUGGGCUGGUUGUGAUUGUUCCGCCCACUCUGAGCCAGAAGCGAAGUCCGGUGAGGGGACAGAACAUGAGGAAGGUCUUCGGCUGUGCAGAUCUGCGUGCUUGCUCGGUGUGCGGUACGCGGUUUGAUGGUGGACUAAAUGGCUGCAACAGUUUCACCGCAAUACAUCUGCACGGACCUCCGGAACAUGGACAAAAUUAAAUGAGAAGUCAGCAAUACGAUGGAAGUACACAGCAUGCCCGAGUUCCAGCGUGUGGAUGCCAACGACCGGCCCAUUGAGGACCCAGUCUUGGCUAUCCUGGAGGUGAUCUGCAUCAUCUGUUUCUCAGCCGAGUACAGUAUGCGUCUGGUUGUGGCGCCCUCCCCUCGAAAGUUUCUGGAGAAACCCCUGAACAUAAUCGACUUUGUGUCUAUCCUGCCGUUCUACUUAACUCUGGCCUUCGAGACGAUUGACGAGGAAGGCAGCGAGGAGGAGAGCGAGAACCUGGAGAACGUCAGAAAGGUGGUGCAUGUCCUGCGGUUGAUGCACAUCUUCCGGAUCCUCAAGCUUGCGCGGCAUUCGGUCAGGCUCCGCGCCCUUGGUGCCACCAUGCGCCACAGCUACGAGGAGGUGGGCCUCCUCAUACUCUUCCUCUCCAUUGGCAUCUCCAUUUUUUUCUGUGCUCAUCUACUCGGCCGAGAAGGAGAAUGCCGACUCCGACCUCAGCACCAUCCCUGUCGGUUGGUGUUGGGCCACCAUCCCAUGACCACCGUUGGCUACGGCGAUACGUGUCCUGUUACGACGGCCGGCAAGGUGGUCGCCACACUCUGUAGCACUUGACCAGACCCAUUUCUAAAAUACUACAAUGUUUAAUGUAUUGUAUAAUCUGUAAAGUUGUCAACCAGACAACCUCAUGUUUCUCUACCUACAAUCAAGGAGUCACAUUACUUCCUUGGGUCAGUGUUGAACAAAAAAAAAAACCAGAGUGUGAUCAAAUUGCUGAUUAAAUUAUUCUGCACAAAAC